GCCGCCGCCGCAGCAGGAGCCGGGCGCGCCGAGCUGCCCUCCAUGGCCGCCGAGCCCCUGCCCGCGGCGCCGCUCACCCGGCGGCCCAUCCUGCUUGGCCAGGUGGAGGGCUCGCAGGACGCGGUGACCAUGGCGGCCAUCGUGCCCAAGGAAGAGGGGCUCAUCAGCGUCUCGGAGGACAGAACUGUCCGCGUCUGGUUGAAGAGAGACAGUGGUCAGUAUUGGCCAAGUAUGUACUAUACAAUGCCAUCUCCAUGUUCAUGCAUGUGUGUUAACCCAGAAACUAGAAGACUAUCCAUCGGUCUAGACAAUGGUACAAUCUCAGAAUUUAUUUUAUCAGAAGAUUACAACAAGAUGGCACCAGUUAAAAGUUACCAGGCUCACCAAGGCAGGGUACUGAUGGUUCUGUUUGUUCUGGAAAUGGAAUGGACCCUGAGCAUAGGGCAAGACAAGAACUUCACCUGGCAUUGUUCAGAAAGUGGGCACCGGCUUGGUAGUUACCGGAUCAAUGCGGGCGCCUGUGGACUACAAUUUGAUGUGGAAACACGGCAUGUCUUUAUUGGUGACCAUUCUGGACAGGUAACCAUCCUUAAACUGGAGCAAGAAAACAGCAACCUGAUAACAACUUUUAGGGGGCAUACAGGUGGAAUCAGUGCCCUGUGUUGGGACCCUGUGCAGCGUGUUUUAUUUUCAGGCAGUUCUGAUCAUUUGAUUAUCAUGUGGGACAUUGGAGGAAGAAAAGGAACAGCCAUUGAACUACAAGGGCACAGUGAUAAAAUUCAGUCGCUUUCCUAUUCCCAUCAAACACGGCAACUUAUCUCUUGUGGAGCUGAUGGAGGGAUCGUUGUCUGGAAUAUGGAUGUGGAGAGGCAGGAGACACCAGAAUGGUUGGACAGUGAUUCUUGUCAAAAGUGUGACCAGCCAUUCUUCUGGAACUUCAAACAAAUGUGGGAUAGCAAGAAAAUUGGCCUUAGGCAGCAUCAUUGCCGGAAGUGUGGGAAGGCUGUCUGUGGCAAAUGCAGCUCAAAGCGCUCUUCCAUACCACUUAUGGGAUUUGAAUUUGAAGUGCGAGUCUGUGACAGCUGCUAUGAAUCCAUAACAGAUGAAGAGCGUGCACCUACAGCCACUUUUCAUGACAGCAAACACAAUGUUGUCCAUGUACAUUUUGAUGCAACCCGGGGGUGGUUGCUAACAUCUGGAACAGACAAGCUUAUUAAGUUGUGGGAUAUGACACCUGUAGUAUCCUGAUACAUCAGUGAAACAAAAAGCAGUGAUGAGUUUCUGAAGAAGGGAUUCCUAAGCCUGUUGUAGGAGAUGAAGCAAGCUGCGUAAUCACUGAUAAGGGAGAAAACUAAUACUUCUGGAUGGUUUCUCAAGCGAUCUGCCAGAUCUGGGGUGAACACUUGCAUCAAAUACUCUACCUUCUCUUUAUUCUUGAAAUACAGAAGAUAUUUUUUUAAACUUAUGAUUAUACAAUCUGGUUCCAUUCAGGCAUUUGGAACUUACCUGGAGAAAUCUGUGUGCAGUGUGGUUUGUGUCUCAUGUUCUAUGUUGACUUGUGCUGUUUGUGGGGGAAUUCUUUACAGAUGUGAGCAGUCUUCUGCAAUACUAGUUCAGUAAGGCAGAAUCUGCACUUGGGGAAAUGAAGCAGAAAGCCAAACAUUCUUUCCACAUUAUCUGGUAGAAAGACGUUGCAUAAGAACUUGAAUUACAAACUGCUGUAAAAGAUCAGGCAGCCAGAGCUUUUUUCAACAGAAAAGGUCUCUUUUGUAAUUUGUUUCUAAGAAAUGGUACUGUGGGAUGUGAGGGGGAGGAGAGGAUGGACAAAGCCCAGUCUAUUUCAUUGCAAAGCUGUGAGGAAUGUUUAUUUGGCCACGAGUUUCAGAAUGGCUAAACUAACUUUCCAUCUGCAAGCAUUUGUACGAGCAAGUGUAGAAGUAAUUUCAAACUGAGGAUGCAUCAAAUGGUUUUACGUGGUUGCCAGAAACUUGGAAUGUCCAGCAGUGCUGGAAUGUUCUUUGAGGGUUCUAGUAGAAUUGAUGUGCUUUGCUGGGUAUGGUUUGAAACUUAUUAUUGCAUUCCUGACAUAAUUCUGGCAGGAAGAGUGUUUCUGAAAUCACUGAUAACUGUAAUUAUUUUUAAUUCUCAAUGUAGCCCCCAAAUUAAUGUGGUUAAAUUUCACAUGUUCUUUUGCUGUGCCCUACAGGCACUUUUUCAAAAAAUAAAAACCAAAUACAAACAAAAA